ACCCCCUUCCCUUCCGAAUUGUUCCGCUUGCGCCAGGCUGACAGGAGCUCAGGGAAAGCCCUGUCUGUCAAAGCCCUGUGCCUCUUCCAUUUCACCUUCCUUUCUGCCCUGGGGUGGUCCCUCCUCUUGUAACCCUCACACCGUCGAGUCGCAGAAUUAGCCAUGGCGCCCAAAGGUGCCAAGCCCGAUGCCAAGGCACAAGCCGCGAAGGCCGCCAAGGCCUUGAAGAAGACGAGCAGGAAGAAGAUCCUCAAGGUCCGGACGUCCGUGCACUUCCACCGGCCCAAGACCCUGAAGAAGGCCCGGAGCCCCAAGUACCCCAGAAUCUCGGCUCCUCCCAUGCAGAAGCUCGACCAGUUCCGGGUGCUGAAGUUCCCGUUGACCACGGAGUCUGCCAUGAAGAAGAUUGAGGACAACAACACGCUGGUGUUCGUUGUCGAUGUGCUUGCGACCAAGAGGCAAAUCAAGGAGGCCGUGAGGAAGAUGUACGACAUCCAGUGCAAGAAGAUCAACACACUCAUCAGGCCUGAUGGGCAGAAGAAGGCGUACGUGCGGCUGACAGCGGACUACGAUGCUCUGGACAUUGCCAACAAGAUCGGCAUCAUCUAAACCUGUGCUACAUCGUUCUGCUGCUACAUUCUUACGGUCUGCUCGCCUAGCCUAGGGUUUGGUAUCUGGCCACUUGUGAGCUAGUUGAUGUAGGCUCUUGUUCUCAGUGCCUGAUUCACUCUCCCUGUAUGCAGUGAUCGGGUGUGAGGAGCAACCAAAUAUGGUCAGUGCCAAAGUCCUCCUGAGGCCUGCUGGUCUACGUUGUAAUCUGAUAAUGGAAACAUGGAAUUAGCUGUGGGCGCAGCACAGUAACACUGAGGCAAUGGCAGUCAACAGAGUUGAGCAUUGCACCACGUAUGAAGUAAAUAACACUGCUUACAACUAGUUCUGUUCCAUGCAGAACGAAUGGCUGCCUUGGUCCCAGCGUAAGACCUCGCUCUUUUGCCUUUUACAUAGCAUUGGCUCUGCACAAGGCCUGUGUAUACUCUGAAUCGUUAGCUGAAGAGAUCAUU